AUGGAUGAUGUCAAAUUAAUUUCUGAUCUGAUUUGGGUGAAGCGAGGAAUCGCAAAACGUGUCCCCGAAAAAGUUAAGUUGAAACCUGAAGAAUUGCGGCGACUUCUCGAAGGUUUCAAUAUGCUAAAAUUAUCCCAGGAACCUCUGAAAUUUCGCAAAAUUCGAGGUUCAAAUCCUGAGGAAAAUACCGAGGAAGGUAUAGAGAAAUACAAUUUGGAUGAAUACGAUGAAGAAACAGUUGAAAAGACAAAUCCUCUUUCUGGAAUCGCAGUUUUCUCCACUCCGUAUGAAGAUGCUUAUAUUACUGAACACAUCAACAGUGAUGAUGAAGAACGAGAAGAUUUCGAAAUUAAACCGGACGAUAACCUCGUUGUGGUUGCAAAAAUAUUGAAAGGCGAUUAUACUUUGGAAGUUUAUAUAUAUAAUGAGAACGAUGACGAUUGGUAUGUUCAUCAUGAUUAUAUGCUUGAUGUCCCGCCACUUUGUCUUGAGACAAUUCGUUAUGAUCCAGGUUCUGAUGAUAAAAAGGGAAAUUUGUUAGCGGUCGGAGCAAUGGAUUCAACGAUUGGAAUAUGGGACUUGGAUAUCGUUUCUGCUAUUUCACCUAUAGUUUCAUUAAAAAGCGCAAAAUCAGGAAAAAGGUACAGAAGAGAUGGUAGUGCUCAAGUGCAUAGCGAUGCAGUACUAAGUUUAUCAUGGAAUAGUCUCACUGAACAUAUUUUGGCUUCUGGUAGUGCUGAUACUACUGUUAUUCUUUGGGAUAUCGAGGAAGCUAAACCUGCUAGUGUUUUUUCUUAUGGUCUUGGUAAGGUACAGUCAGUCGAAUGGCAUACCGCAGAAGCAUCAAUUCUGCUUUCUGGUACAUUGAGCGGUAACAUAAUGCUGAGUGAUUGCCGAGAAGGAAAACUUUGCAAGAAAUGGUCUGUGAAUAGUGAUGUCGAACGUGUUUUGUGGGAUCACUUUAAUCCAUUUUAUUUUUUUGUUGCAGCUAAUGAUGGGAUGCUAUAUUAUAUGGAUACACGGUUUGAUGUAGAAAUUUAUCGUCGUCAAGCUCAUAUUGGAGAAGUUUUUGGUGUUUCUCAGAGCUACCAAAUAAAAGGAUUAAUAUCUAGUUGUGGUGCUGAUAGUAAAUUGAAUAUCUGGAAAUUAUCUCAAGAUGGAUUCAAUUUGGUCCAUUCAGAUAUGUUUGACUUUGGGAAAUUGCAUACUGUUCGUUUUUCACCAGAUUCUGCUUCUAUUUUAGCAGUUGGAGGUGAAAAAUCUGAUCUAGUGCGUAUUGUUUUAGUUAAUAAAUAUGAACCCGUUAACAUAGCUUUUGGUGCAAACAAUUAA